AAUUCAUACUGCUUCCUCAAGUGUUUUGGAAUAUAGUCAACAGAAUGGUUGCUGCUCUGCUACUAUUACUGUUUCUUGACUCGGUGAGUUAGAUAGAGUUCAAUGGUGAAUAGAGUCGGAGUGUUUUCGCAGACAAAUAAUGUAUCCUCUGAAGGAAACGGAAGGGAUGAUCUGUAUAUCGAGUUAUGGAACUUAUAUGCCGGAACCGAAUCAACCUGAGCCAACAACUCCUGAUGAAUGCACUCUUGAGUCUCAAAGACCUACCGUCCACUCAUUCUGCAAGGUUUUAACAGCCUCAGAUACAAGCACCCAUGGAGGGUUUUCUGUUCGAAAACAUGCCACUGAAUGCCUUCCUCCACUGGACAUGAACCAGGCAACGCCAACCCAGGAAUUGGUUGCAAAGGAUCUUCAUGGUUAUGAGUGGCGCUUUAAGCAUAUAUUCAGAGGCCAACCAAGGAGGCAUUUGUUGACAACAGGAUGGAGUACAUUUGUAACUUCAAAGCGAUUAGUCGCUGGUGGUUCCUUUGUGUUCCUAAGAGGAGAGAAUGGGGAGCUUCGUGUCGGAGUUAGGUGUGUAGUUCGCCAACAGAGCAACAUGACGUCGUCAGUGAUAUCAAGUCAGAAUAUGCACUUAGGAGUGCUUGCAACUACAUCUCAUGCUGCUUCAACUCAGUCCCUCUUUGUUGUCUACUAUAAGCCAAGGACAAGUCAGUUCAUCAUUGGGUUGAACAAAUAUUUAGAUGCCCUUAAUAGUAAGUUUGCAGUUGGCAUGAGAUUUAAGAUAAGAUGUGAAGGGGAAGAUUCUCAUGAGAGAAGGUUUUCUGGAACAAUUGUUGGAGUUGAAGACUUUUCUCCUCACUGGAAAGAUUCAAAAUGGCGUUCAUUGAAGGUACAAUGGGAUGAGCCUACCUCUAUUCAGAGGCCUGAUAGGGUUUCACCAUGGGAGAUAGAACCCUUUGUUGCUCCAAUUCCACUGGCUCUAGCUCAACCGAAUGCAACUAAGAACAAAAGGCCUCGACCGCCCGCUGAAAAUCCUGCUCUACAUAUGUCAACAACAGCAUCAACUCCUUGGAAUAUUGGAGUUAUGCAUUUCCAUGAUCCAACUCAGCGUAACAUUUCUGCUGAAGCUAAAAGAAAUGAGAAUCAUGGCAUGUGGCAUCACUUAGCACCUUCCAGCAGAUGUGGAUUUCCAAGGUGUCAUGAGACUUGAAAGCUGCACAACCAAGUGUCCAAGGAAAAAAUAUAUGUCAAGGAACCUCGUAAAAGAGGAUGAAGAAGAAAGAAA